CAGGCUUUGGGGUAUUGACAUUCGGUUCAGCAGCAGGCCUCGGGCUUCCCUUCUACCUUUGUAUUCUCAGCUGCACCAAGUUCAGUAAAGGACCAAAAGGUGGUGAUAUAGAUUUUAAUUACGCAAAAAUCCACUGUGUUGUGUAAGUUUUGCCUCAACUUUAGGAGAAAGGAAAAUGUUCAAUCAACAGUUUGAGGAUGGAAACGAAGUUUGAGCGUCACUCCUGAGCAAGAUCGUAGCUAUCUCAUUUCCAAUUUAACGUUAUCAGCACUGGGGCACAGUGCCUAAUAAAGUCCGACAACUGCAGCCUGCAGACUAAGAAACUACAACUUCCAGCGUAUUUUGCGGCCUUCCAAACCCAGUUUACCCUGAGCACCAAGGCUAAACUGUACCAUUUAGAAGAAUGGAAGCUGAUGCAUCUGUAGAUAUGUUUUCAAAAGUCCUGGAGAAUCAGUUGCUUCAGACAACGAAACGAGUGGAAGAACAUUUGGAUUCUGAAAUUCAGAAACUGGAUCAGAUGGAUGAAGAUGAAUUGGAACGCCUCAAAGAAAAGAGACUUGAGGCACUAAGGAAGGCUCAACAGCAGAAACAAGAAUGGCUUUCUAAAGGACAUGGGGAAUAUAGAGAGAUCCCUAGUGAGAGAGACUUUUUUCAAGAAGUCAAGGAGAGUAAAAAAGUGGUUUGCCAUUUCUACAGAGAUUCCACAUUCAGGUGUAAAAUACUAGACAGACAUUUGGCGAUAUUGUCCAAGAAACACCUUGAGACCAAGUUUUUGAAGCUGAAUGUGGAAAAAGCACCUUUCCUUUGUGAGAGACUGCGUAUCAAAGUCAUUCCCACACUAGCACUGGUAAAAGAUGGGAAAACACAAGAUUAUGUUGUUGGAUUUACUGACCUAGGAAAUACAGAUGACUUUACCACAGAAACUUUAGAAUGGAGGCUCGGUUGUUCGGAUAUUCUUAAUUACAGUGGAAAUUUAAUGGAGCCACCAUUUCAGAGCCAAAAGAAAUUUGGAACAAACUUUACAAAGCUGGAAAAGAAAACCAUCCGAGGAAAGAAAUAUGAUUCAGACUCUGACGAUGAUUAGAGCUCAGUUAUAUAUUUCUGCUUCAGAUUUAAAUGUGUUUUCUAAAUUUUAUUGAUUUCGAUACAUAAGUCAUCUAAUACAUGCUGGGGUUUUAUACAGUUACAUCACAUUGAAAGGCAUCUUUACUAUUUUCUGUGUGGCAUCAUGUUUAAGUUGAGGAAAACUGAGUUCUUAAAUUAUCUGGGAAAGGUCUGUAUUCUCUAUUUUUGAGAUUGAUUUUAUCGCAAUAUGAUUCUUACGUCUUUAUACCAUUCACAAUUGUGUUUUUUAAUGUACUGAAUUAGAAAUAGAAAUUCAAAAACUAUUUCAAGACUAAUUCUUAAUCAGCAUUAUUUACAACAGGUCAAGUAACAUUUACUGGUGUAACACACUGCACUUGUAAAUGAAUUACAAACACUCUUCAACUUCUGGAAUAUAUUUAAAUUACUAUUAAAGUACUACUUAUUUAUUCUGAUGCUGCAUGUUUAUGUUGAAUUAAAUGAUGGCAGCAGAAAGCUGUUUCAGAUUGUGAACAUACCGCCUUAUUUAAAGGGUCCUGAUUGCUUGUAUUUUAAGACAUUCAUUAAAAAGAAAUCAGGAAACACUUUUGGAAUGAUAGCAUUAGGAACUCCACUGACUCUCUGCAAUAAAACAACUAUUACU